AUGACGCGCAAUCAUUAUCCGGCAGAAACAGAAGACCCCGACCACCCACACACCAAAGCCACAUCAUGGCGAUAUGGCAGAAGAUUUGAUCCGCAAGAAAUCUAUGGCGACGACAUCGAUCUUGACAUUGUGGAAUGCCGCAGCGACAGCGGCAGAUGGGUGUACGUUGCCUGCGACGCCUCCGAAAUAUGUCCGCAAUGCGGCAAUCUACCAGGCCAUAUAGGAUGUAUCGUCAUUGCGGUGGAUGGUGCAUGUCGACGCAAUGGUACAGAUGGUGCUCAGGCUGCUAUCGGUGUUUACUUUGGUAAAGACAACCCUCUGAAUCGCCUUUAUCAAAUAAGCAUUGAGCAUCCCACGAACCAAAUCGCCGAGUUAACGGCAGGGAUUGAUGCGCUUCGGCAAGCUCUGGUUAUUCAGCGCCGAGGAUUUCAGGCAAAUAGGAAAGGGCAGAGGGAUUUACGCAUGGUGGUGAUCAAGUCAGAUUCAGAAUAUUUGGUCAAGGGCAUGACGGAAUGGAUUUCGAAGUGGAAGAUGACUGGGUAUAAAACUGCAGAGGGUGCUGAGGUGGUAAAUGCGGAGCUGUUUCGGAAGCUGGAGGUGCUGUAUCUGGAGCUGGUGCAAAGAGGGGUUAGCGUUACGUUUUGGCACGUGACAAGGGAUCGGAAUAAACAGGCCAACCGGUUGGCUAAUAGAGCGUUUGAGACGAGGAUGCGGCGGUAG